CCCAGUGUGCAUUAUUCUCACAGCCAUUUCGUCGAGGAGGUGUUCGGAACUGGCUAAGACAGAGCCCUUUACACGCCUGGAAAAUCGAGUUUUAGCAUUAAAAAGUGUCAUUGAUGGGGCCAAAAUGCUUAUGUUAUCGUUUCUUUGCUAAGUUCCUUGCUCUUAUUUUCGAACUCUGUUGCUAGUUUAGCAGCCUGAAGCUUCAUAGAAAUAGUUGGCUGCCGCUUCGACUGCUAAACACUGGCAGAACUUAAGACAUAAUCCAAAUCAGAACCAUAAUACUAUUGGUAUUUGUAGGAAAUAUGUUUAAUAACUACAGCUUUAAGAAGUAAAAGUGUUUGCAUAUGUAUAUUUACCGCUACUUCCACGGAGCUAACAGGCUAGCUCUGUUAUGACAGUGCGUUAAAAACACGAAGUCAGCUGCCAUUACUGUUGUUAAGGACCGAUAUUAGCUGUACACGCCUUUUAUGUUCUGUUUAAUUUACCAGUAACAAUUGAGUGAAAACAAAUGUGCUACAUUUUAGCAUAUCAACAGCUAGCACAUUAGCAUCAGACAGUAUGCUUUCAAAUCAACAAGCGCCAAAACAACAGCGGUCGUUGAUAGUGUAGCACGGUCUGGUUAUAAUAUUUAAAAUUAUGUUUUAGCUAGCCUUAAUCGAGGCUAGUUUUAUUUUAUCGUAUCAUUCAUUCAUAGUGUAUGGAAUGUUUUUUUCAGUUAUAGAACUCACAUACGUAACCCUAACCCUAAAUAAAUUUAAAUACCAGUAAAUCUGUGUGUUUAUCUGCAUUUGUCUAACGUUGUGGCUUGACAGUUUGAUUUGUGUCAAUAAUAUUGACAAUGCAACAGACGUAUAUUGAGUCAAUAUACGUCCGUUGCAUUGCCAAUUUAAACAUUGAAAAGCUAUUUUUUGUUUUAUAAACCAACAUAAGUAUUUAAUGUAAGUUUUAAUAAUAUAAUAAUUUUGUUGUGCAAGCCUUGGGAUUUACAUUGUGGAAGUUGAGAUUCUUAUAAAAUAUAUUUUAAACAAUAAUUGGGAAAUCAAUAAAAUACAUUGAAUAAACUUGGGCCUUGAUUGUAAUGGUAAAUGCCCACCGUAUAAAAAUGAAUUUAUUUCAGUUCAGUUUUUUUUUUUUUUUACAUUUACAUUCGGGAGUAGCAUGACAGCAUGAGUUGCAUUCUCAGUUACUUAUAGGUGCUAAUGUAUUUUUUCUGCAUGUUUUUUUAAAUCCCGGCAGCUAAAGCAUGCUCCUGGCCCAGAUAAACCGGGACUCGCAGGGAAUGGCAGAGUUUCAUGAUGCAGAUGGUCAGCCUGUCACUUUGUGUCUGACAGAGGCUGUAGCUGUUGGAGAUGGCGACCAGAUGGAGAGCAUGGACACAGUGAGCCUACAGGCUGUUACUCUUGCAGAUGGAUCCACUGCUUACAUCCAACAUGAGUCCAAAGCCUCGUUUUCAGAUGGACAGAUCAUGGAUGGUCAGGUGAUCCAACUGGAGGAUGGCUCCGCUGCUUACGUUCAGCAUGUGUCCAUGCCUAAAGCAGGUCCAGACAGUUUGCAGCUUGAAGAUGGACAGGCAGUUCAGCUUGAAGAUGGAACAACUGCUUACAUUCACACACCCAAAGAUACAUAUGACCAGGGUGGUCUGCAGGAAGUCCAGCUGGAGGACGGCAGCACAGCCUACAUCCAGCACACGGUGCACAUGCCCCAGUCCAACACCAUCCUGGCCAUCCAGGCUGACGGCACCAUUGCGGACCUGCAGACUGAGGCCACAGCCCUGGACCAUGAGACAAUAAGUGUGCUGGAGCAGUACACCACCAAGGUGGAGAACAUUGAAAACACAUUAGGCUCAUUCAGUAGAGUUGAAUCAGACAAUGGUGUCCACAUGAGGAUUGUUUUACAGGGUCAAGACAACAGACCAGCGCGAGUCACGAAUGUCGGGGAAAAGUCUUUCCGUUGUGAAUAUGAAGGCUGUGGAAAACUGUACACAACUGCACACCAUCUGAAAGUCCACGAGCGCUCACACACUGGACACAAACCGUACAUGUGUGACUUUCAUGGCUGUGGAAAGAAAUUUGCAACAGGCUAUGGACUGAAGAGUCACUCACGCACACACACAGGAGAGAAGCCAUACAGAUGUCAGGAACUGAACUGCUGCAAGUCCUUUAAAACGUCAGGUGAUCUUCAGAAGCACACAAGGACUCACACAGGAGAAAAGCCUUUCAAAUGUCCAGUAGAUGGCUGUGGCAGGUCGUUCACCACCUCUAACAUCCGUAAAGUUCACAUUCGAACACACACUGGUGAGCGGCCGUACUACUGCUCAGAGCCCACAUGUGGAAGAUCCUUCGCCAGUGCCACAAAUUACAAGAACCAUAUGAGGAUUCACACUGGAGAGAAACCAUACGUGUGCACAGUACCUGGGUGUGAAAAACGUUUUACAGAAUAUUCCAGCCUUUACAAACACCAUGUUGUACAUACGCCCUGCAAACCUUACAACUGCAACCACUGUGGCAAAACCUACAAACAGAUCUCUACACUGGCUAUGCACAAACGCACAGCCCAUAACGACACAGAGCCCAUCGAGGAGGAGCAGGAGGCGUACUUUGAACCACCAGCAGAUGCCAUUGAUGAUCCUAAUGUGAACUACUCAGCAACAGUGGUUGAAGGUGACGACUCUGGCUCAGAACAGAUUCCGGUAGAGAGCACAGACAUGAGUGGUCAGCAACAAAUAACUUUGGUUAAACAGGAGGACGGGACACAGCAGCAGGGUUGUGUCCCAUGUCAGGUCAGUAUCUCUGAAGCAGACCUACAAGCUAUGGGUGGCACUAUCACCAUGGUAACACAAGAAGGCACAACCAUAACCAUCCCAGCCCAUGAACUGGCAAUGCAAGGGGCCCACUCGGUUACCAUGGUAACGACAGACGGCUCAGAUGAACAGGUGGCCAUUAUGACCCCUGACAUGACAACGUUCCAGACGGUGGAAGAGGCAGGAUACAGCCAGGAUCAGGAUGGCCUUCAUCCUGUCACAUUACUGGCCACAUCUAAUGGCACUCACAUCGCUGUACAGCUCAGUGAUCAGCCUUCACUGGAGGAAGCCAUAAGAAUAGCAUCAAGAAUACAACAAGGAGAGUCACCAGGCCUUGAUGAUUAAUGCACUCAUCAUGGACUAUUAAAGCCAUCAAUUGGAUUGUAUCAAGAAGAAAUAAAAUAAGUGUUCCUCCUUCUCCCUCCCCCGCAGAUGAGCCUAGCUUUUAUGUGUAAAUAGAAUUUUGAUAACUGGAUCUCUACUAUGCUUUUUUGUCCCUCACCCAUUAAAAUGGGAGAGGAGCAAAAGCUUUCUUGUGUUUAUCUUGCACAGUGUACAGUGCAGUGUACAGCUAAUGAUAUUUCUAAUAAAAAUAUUGUGAUCCAUUUUUGUAA